UAAUUCAUUGACGCAUCGACAAAACCCUUGUAAUAACUUCUGUUCUUCGUAUACUUCAGUAAGAAACUACUUUUUUAAAAAAUCCCACGCACAAAGUUAUUCAAGUGUGGUUGCAAGAUGGCUGAACCUUGAGCGAGCUUUUCCUAACGAAAAGCGCGUCUCCAGGCGAUGAUAUCUUUAAACGAGUUCAAGAACACGAUACAUGGUCAGAACACCGUGAUUUAUGGCUUUUGUAGAUCCUGUCUUGAUUCUCGGCCUGUUUGUGUUGAGAUUCACGUUUUGCUCUGGUAGAGUUUGUGAGGCGGAUAGAAAUACAAACGGCUGCAGUACACCUAUGGGAAUCAACGCACCGUUUAAGAGAGAGUUCACGCCGGCUUGUGACAAACACGACAUAUGUUAUGGAUGUGGUAACCACUAUAACUGGACUCGAGAGGCCUGCGACAAAGCGCUACUUCGCGACAUGAUACAGUCCUGCCAUAGGCGUGUACACAGCAGAACCAGGCGUGGCGUUAUGGAUGCCUUGUUGGACAUCUGGUAUUUCUUUCAAGGAAUCAGCAAAGAAGAGAGAAGAUGCAAAUUGGCUGCGGAAAUGUAUUAUAAAAUUGUACGCACUUUUGGUGCCUCGCACUUCGAGAAGAAAGAUCACAUCUAUUGCAUUAACACUUGCGCGGAUCAACAUGGAAGUCCUUUUGUAGAGCUAUAGCUGUCUCAUGUUCAUACAUGCCCGUACUGCAGGUCAUUAAUUUAACAAGGAGCCCAAUUGCUGAACAGAAGUGAAGACUCGAUUCCUGGGGAUAAAAUCUUUUAAGGGUUAUAUCAUUACUAUCAUCAAUUCUGAUUCAGGUUCAGAAUAGUCAGGAUUGAGAAUUGGAGAAUUGACGUUUAGUUUUCUCAAGGUAGACCUUGAAAACAUUACGAGCAUUCUUGGUACAUUGCGAGCGAAGAGGGAAAUCAUGGAAAGCUAGGAACAUCACUGACUUCUAAUAACAGAAUUAGGUUUGUGACUCAUAGGGCCGGAGAAAACUUGACGCCGAUCGGUGGUCAUGAUCUCAAGGGUUAUUUACGCACUCCGCGCGCAUGUCUGCUCGAGCACGGACUUUAGGAACUGAACACGAAUACACGCUAACAAUACUAAAACCUUAUAUGUGGCACAGAACUUGAGACAACAGCAGAGUAUAACCUGCGAUCAGACGUUCUUUUUUCGGAGCGCGAAAGAGUAACAACACAAGUAGACAAGAGUCCGUCUUUCUCGCAUUUCCUUCCCCCCCCCC